GGGGAGAGGGAAGAAGUUUGCCGGCGGCACGGUCCACUCCACAUUUACCGUGAUUUCAUUAGGGGAACAGCAACAAGAGCCCGCGGUGAAGCUUUUCCAGGGAGUGCUGAGGAAUAUCCCACAGCUCAGACACAGCUCUCACUGCCGACUCUCCCUCUGUUUUAAUGAAAAACAAUAUCUGGAGUCAUUAUUGAUGUCGCCGAAGUAGUGAGGGAAGCUCGGGUCAGUGGGACAGCGUCCGCGCGCUGUCGGAGACCGUGGUGUCCUCCUUUUAACGGCUCUGGUCCUGGAGAAGAAGAAGAAGAACGACGCGGAAGACGACGGGAGAAAAAGAGGAAGACAGAAGACAGUCCAAGUGAAAGUGACAGAGUCCGGUUCAGGAUGAAUAACAACAAAAUCGAGAAAGAAAAUGAGCCGAGCGAAUUCACCAACCACGAAGAGGAGGUCCGAACGCUAUUUGUCAGUGGACUACCACUGGAUAUUAAGCCGCGGGAGCUCUACCUCCUGUUCAGACCAUUUAAGGGCUAUGAAGGUUCCUUGAUAAAACUCACUUCUAAACAGCCAGUGGGCUUUGUCAGCUUUGACAGUCGAUCAGAGGCAGAGGCUGCUAAGAAUGCCUUGAACGGGGUCAGGUUUGAUCCGGAAAUCCCCCAGACCCUGCGGCUGGAGUUUGCCAAGGCCAACACCAAGAUGGCCAAGAACAAGCUGGUCGGCACUCCCAACCCUCCUCCGUCUCAGCAGAGCCCUGGGCCACAGUUCAUCAGCAGAGACCCAUAUGAGCUCACAGUGCCUGCUCUAUAUCCCAGCAGCCCAGAUGUGUGGGCAUCAUACCCACUCUACCCGGCGGAGCUGUCGCAGGCCCUCCAACCCGCUUUCACCUACCCUUCCUCACUCCAUGCUCAGAUUCGCUGGCUCCCACCUGCAGAUGGAACUCCUCAGGGAUGGAAGUCCAGGCAGUUCUGCUGAAGUAUGUGUUCCUGAUGUGUGAUGGUGGCCGUGGCCGGCUGUGACAGGCGUUGCCAAUUGUUUCUCAUGUCCAAUUAGAAACCAGGAGGACUGACCCGACUCCAGCUCCUGGAGCAGCGUACCGCCGACAGCAGCAGCCUCUGGGCCUCAGGACAUACUAGACCCCAGCCUCCAUCACACAUCGAGCCCCCCACCACCGUCCCCAAAAUCCCUCCAACUCUUUUUUUUUUUAUACUGUUACAUACUCGAGAUUUACUGGCAGUGCUUUGGCUCCACCUCCUCUCACAGCGCCAUGAAAGGUAGCAGGCAUGCACACACACACCCCUUGUUAAGCAGUUGACAGACUGCAUUGCAUUUCUUAAGGCUACAUCCACACUAAUACCUUUUAGUUUUGCCAUCACAUGCAUUUAACACCUGCCGUCCAGUCCACUCAGGAGUUUUGGAAACAUUGCUGGCCCUGUUUUUGUUUGUCAACUCUGGGGUUGCGUUUUAGUCGGGCGGAAACGGAGGCCUUGGAAAUGAUGGCGCAGGUGCUCAUGUUUGCUCCCUCGUUAGGUUACGAUGCAUUUUUCCCUGGUGCGCUUAUCAUGUGACCCAUUUAAUGAAGAGCACACACUGCAUCAGCCUCAACGGUUUCACCUCGUCACUUGGAAAAGGUUUUUGCCUCAGCUGUUCCUCAUUCCUAAUUUCUGCUGUAUGAGGACGGUGCAGAAGUGGCUCAUUUAAUGAUAUUUCUGUUGCAUUUUUAUCCAAACACCAGUUACAGUUACAUGAUUAACAGACAGGUAGACAGACGUUCCAUGCAUUUACAGAUGUGUGAAAGGUUAAGUUAAACAGGUUGAGAUCAUCUAGGUUGAGAUUGGUUUAAAGAUGCUACUUGGACGUAGCCCAACGUUAGCAGGUGUUUUGCUUUGCAUUAUAUACUAUAUGCAUCUGUAAAGACAACCAUGCCAAAGGAGUGCAUGUACGUUUCAUUCUCUCAAUUGGCAAGGGCCAUAUGUGUGGACGUGUGGCCAAAGCACUGCUUGAUAAUGUUAUUAUAUUACUAUAAUUAUUACUAUUCUGUAUAUCAUUCAUAUUAUUGUUAUUAUGAUUAUUAAUUACAUGUUGAAGCAUGACUUUGCAAAAAAAAACGAAAAAAAAAAUAAUGCUGUACAUUUUUAGAUAUUUUAAAGAAAUACAAAAAGGUAUUUUUGUAAUCCAGAUGUUUGAAAUGGUUCUGUUUGAUUGAUUAAUGUUGUGCGUGACAAACCUUUUUUUUUUUUUGCCCUUCCUUUUGUGUGUGUCAUUAUAAAAUGGCUAGUCAUCCUGCUCUCCCGAGCAGUCCCGCUCCUGUCUGUUCUACAUACUGUGUGGAUUUAGAUUUGCCCGUGUGUGUCUUUGUGUGGUGUCUGUACCAAUGUGCUUCACCUGAGCAGUCUGAUCCAGCUCGUAGUUUUUCAGUUUUGUAGGUAUUUAGAUGUGCUCAUGGGCUGUCAUCGACAGAAAUUAGCCCACAGUGAUCAAGGUAGAUUGACCUCAGAGACCGCAAUACAUGGCAGACUUGAGUUCUGCUAUAAUUAGGAAUAUGCCUCUUCAUUGUCUAGCAGCAGGACGGCAGCACAGCACAGAGGAAUAAAAGACCAAAGGCAUUUUUUUUACACUGGAGAGCUAUCUAGGCUAGUGGAGUUAUUCCAUUUCUGACUGCUUUGUAGUCCUCAAUCUGAUUCCUUAUGAAGUGAGACAUUAUUUUUUGCUGCAUGUCUCCUUUGGUGUCACUCCAAAGAGCCAAUCUGAAUCUGAAGGGAUGUUCACUUUAAGCAUUUUGUCUCUCUCGUCUAUUUUUAGGAAGCCAAUGUGAUUCAACCUUCUUUUGUUAAGUCAGAAUUUGCAUACAAAAGAUUGGAAUCUGUGAGAAGAAAAAAACAUAACUUUUAUAAUCUUGUGUAUUCUGGGCCUGCAAUAACGUCUCUACUGUAUGACAUAUCAUCGAGUGAUGAUGUUUCUGUGACACUUUGACGCCAAAAUUCUCAUUCAUGUCGUGUAUAAAAACAAACAUCUUUUCAUCUUUUCAUGAUAAGGCCAAGUCACAUAUUUUCAGGAAUGUGACAGUCAAAUAACAAUAAAACAAUAAUCUUUCCUCUUCAUAUUUAGCCCAGAUGUGUACAAUCAGACUAGUUGAAUCAUAUACUCAGUGUUUGUAAUUAUUAUUAAUGAUAAUGAUGAUAAUAAUAAUAACAAUUAUAAUGAUGAUGAUGAUGAUGAUAUGCACGCACAUCAUUUUUGACUGAUUUGAAGCAGUUUUUGCUUUUACAGACCUUUUUAAGCCAAGUGUGGCACCAAAUUUAUAAGUAUUUAUAAGGUGUGCGUGUGUGUAUGUUUUUAUGGGUAUUAUGUUUUCGAAUUUCAUAGACAAUGCCCAUCAUAUAAUUAAUUGUAAGUAUUAUUGUAAGUUUAAUUGUAUAUUCAUUUUGGUAGUUUUUUUCCCCCUAGAGCUUCAUUUUGUGUUUGCAGCCUCCUGAUUGGAACAUACUGUAUGUUGAAAUAUGAAUACUGUUUUAUCUUCACUGUGAAAUCCAUAGAAAAACAUGCUUUGAACGAAUGGAUAUUUUAGUGUUUUGUCAGCAGUACGGUACCGAAGUUCCCGUAAAUUAAUAUGAUCCCUCUUUUUGUCAAUGAAAAAUACUCCUUCCUUGUUUCAGUAUAUUGUGUGAAUACCUGUGUGUUCUGUGCAUGUUCACGGCAUGUGUGUGUUAUUUUCUUUUCCUUAAUGCAUACAGUACUGUUGAUAUUUAUGUACUUUAGCCUCAUAAGGAGAAACUGUAUUUCAGUGAAUUGCAGAGGUGUGUUUGUUUGAAACCAAAAAAAAAGUGAUCAAAAUGAGAAUUUUUUUAUGAAAAUGUUAAAUGAAGACAUUUCAGGCAAUCGGUCAUUAAAAAUUGACAUCAUC